AUGGCAAAUUGGGAAGUUUUCAAAUCCUCAAAAGAUUUACAAGAAUUCUUGAACUCUGAUAAUACUGAAAUAUUGUAUCAAGGAAUUAAUAGAUUCAAACAACACUUUAGUUACUCAAAAGACAAAAGUACAAAAGAUAUUGAUCUAAGCAAUGAUGAAAAAUUUUCAAUAGUUUAUGAAUAUUUACAAACUUCUACAGACUGUAAAGAAUUAUUUAGAAUAUGGGAUAUGCAAUUACGUAAUAAUCUAACAAGACUGGAACUUUCGAUGCCCGAUUUAUUUUCAAAAAUUAUAAAAUUUACAACAACCGUUCCUUCAUUAAAACCUACGGGAACAAUAAUAAUUCGUAAUAUUAUACGAAAUUACAUGAAAAUAAUUAGGAAUAGUUUAUCUUCUGAAAAAUUACCUCUAUGUCAAAAUACUUUAAAACUAUUAAUUGUAAUGAAUUCCCAUGACCUUGUAACCACAAAGGAAUUACUAGAAUCAUUUACUUAUAAUCUUAAUCUUAAGGAACUAGAAAGAUUAUUAAAUAUCAGAAGAAAUACACCAAAAGACAAAUUAAAGUCGUUUCAUGUACAAAAUGACAUUCGGACAUUGUAUGUUCGAUUUAUUUUAUCAUUCUUUGUACAUGGAGAUGCAAAAAUCAAAUCAAAUAUAUUGGAAAUCAAAGAUUUUGUAAGUUCAAUAUUUAAAGGAUUAUCAAAUGAUUCAUAUGAAUUUGUUGAUGAAGUGUUUAGAAAAGUUUAUAACUACAUAAUCCUUGAUAAUGAUAUCAACCGAAAAAUAAAAUUAUCGUUUUUCAACAAUACGUGGCUUUUCAAUAAACUUUUACUUCUUUAUAAUAGGCGUGAGCCAGAACAGCCUGAAUCUGAUAAUAUUGUAGCAAAUAUUAUUCAUCAAUUUUUGUUAUCAAUUUGUUGCACGCCUGGCGUAGGAAUCUGCUUUCGUGAUGCAGGAUUGUAUCCUUUUAAUUUUAUGAAUGCAUCCUUUAACGCAUCAAUAGAUGAGACAAAUGAGAGGCAUAUGAAAGUACAUAAUAUAAUAUUGCUCCAAUUUAUUAAAUUACUGAAGCCAACGCAAGAUUUACGUCAACAAGAACUUUUGUUGAAAAUUUUGGAAACAUGUCCAGAAUUAGUUAAACCAUAUUGGGAUGCAUCAAAACUUUCUUUCAAACCUAAUCUUUCAUACAAGUGGUUGACAAAUAUGACUUUGAUUCAAAAGAUAAUAAUGUUACCUUUUCCUUCACUUUACAUUCCGAAUACACAAACUUAUCCAGAAAAUCCCCCAGAGUUAAACACUAUUUUGGACAAUAUACUUCCAAAAAUAUUUGAUCAAAUUACUUUGGUCGAAUGUCUUAAUCAUUCCAGUUCACUAAUCAAAUACAAAACUAUGAUUGUUUUAUAUUUGGCGAUUCAAAAGUUGGACACUGUUGUACAUUUAAUUAAUAAAGCGGGAUCAUUAAAAUGGAAUCAGAUGAUUGAUUCUUUAUAUGAAGAAAUGAUGCAUAGAAUUCCUGAUAUUCAGAUUCUUUUGAGUUUGUAUAAAGAUUUGUUAUUAAAUAUGAAGAGAAAUGAGGAUAGUGAUGAGCAAAUAAGAAAUAAUAUGAUGCAUGAAUGUAUUUUAAAAUUAAUCAAGUUUUAUCAUCUUAAUUUUCCAAAAAUGGUAACGGAAGUAAAAUUGAAUGUUGAUAAUUUGAUCCCAAUGGAUUUUCAAGAGUAUCAAUUAGUCCUUCAAUUAAAUAUAUUGGAAUUAUUAUUUUUAGUUGCUAAAUCUAAUUGGACAAUAAAUCCAGAAUUUAAUCACCUUCGAACACUUUUAAAGAUAUAUUUGACCACAUCUUAUACACAGAUCCGUUCAAUUACACAACAUAUACUUGAGCAGUUACUUUCCAAUUCUAUAAUUUUCCAACAUGACCCAGACGAAGUUUCAAUUUGGUUGGAUUCUUUACCUCGAAUCUUUCCUGAGAAUAUAGAUGUUGAAAAAUUCAAUGGCCAAGCAGUUGUUUUACAAUUUCUUGACAGUUGUUUUACAUCAUUUCUAAAGGAUCCUAAUUCAUAUAUUGAUAAUUUAAAUCAAGUUGUAAAUAAUGUAAAUGAAAGGAGAAAGGAUACAGUUGGCGAUGGAGAAACCAAAAAGGAUGUUGAACUAUAUUUAAAAUUUCAAGACAUUUCUAAAAACUCAAAUAUUUCUUAUCCAUUUAGUCCACUAAUAGUGACACUUGUAAGGAAUUAUAAAAAUAUUACGAAUAACAAAAUUGAAAUCAUGUCAUUCUUACAUAUGUUAUUUAAGAAAUUAUUUUCCAAGCAGAUAUUAGUAUAUUAUCUUGAUGAAUAUAUUAAACAAUUAGAAAAUAAUAUUGGACUUAAAAGUAUCGGAUUUCUUGAAUGUAGAGGAAAAUGGAAUAUUGAUGAGUAUAUUUCAAGUUUGAAGCAUAUUUCAAGUUUAUAUAAAUAUCAAAAUGAAGAGCCUUUUAGUGUUAAUAAAAUAGUAGACAUUCCUGUCAUAAUUUCUGAAAUCCCACAAGAGGAGCUUAAUGUAUUAAAUCAAAAUCUGAUGAAAGCUGAAAAAUUGUGUUUGGAAAUCUUAAGAGAUAAAAGCCCUGCUGACAUUACUAAAGCAAGGUCUAAAUUUCUUGAUAUGCUUUACAUACUACCUACAUUGAUUUUUGAAAGAAACUUAGUGGAAAUUGUAAAUUAUGUCAAAAAUAUUUUAGUAUGGAUAAAGUUUGAACCCAUUUUGGAAUAUAUUUGUGAGAGAUAUCCAGGUUCAAGUAGUUUAUUCGAUAUUCAAACCAUUAAAGAAGUAAUUGAUUAUUAUAUAUUUUCUUUUAAUAAAGAGAAUAAUAAUGUUUUGCCUAAUAAUGUUGAAACAAGAAUAGAUUCGUUAAAUUCAUUUAUUGAAUUAUUAAAUUUGAUUCCUUUUUCUAUUUUAUUUGACAACUCAUUUCCUUCCUAUUUGGCUGAUAAGAACAUUAGUUUGAUUUUAAUUAAAUCAUUACAAUCCACAUCUUUACAACAUAUAUUUCGCAUAACAAAACAAAUUUUAGUUACUACAAAAGUAUUGUUAUCAGUUUCUUACUAUAAUUCAUCAAUACAAAAAUUGCAAACUUGUUUUAAUUUGUUAAAGAUAAUUAUUGAAAAAGUUACUGAAGAAGUAGAGGAUGAAGAUAUAUCGAAGAUUUUUAAUGAUAUUAUAAUUUUAAUAUUUGAACAAGAUUUGUUACCAUUUUUCUUAGCAAGUAUGUCUGAAAGUCAACAAUCUACUUUGAAUUUUAAGAAUUAUUCUAUUUUGGACGAAUUUAUUGCAGAGCUUGUUGUUUAUUUUACAAAUAGAGAAAUUAAAAGUAUAGUAUGGAAAACACACAGUGCAAAGGCUUUAAAUAGUCUUCAACCAUUUAAAAAUAAGUUGUUCAAUCAACUUUUAUAUAUAAUAAAUUCAGUUGAUUUAUAUAAAAACAAAAAUACGUUAAUAUAUGAAAAGACAUUUACAUUAUGUUACAAAUUCAACAACUUUUGGAAUGAAGAGGAAACAUUUCAACUUUUUUUAAGUACUUUAGAGUCUAGAUUUUAUAAUAAUAAGUACAUUAAUAAUAAUAAGCAUUACAAGAAAUUUCUUUCUUUUUUGUUAAACAAAUUAUCUAAUACUUUACUAAUUAUACAAAUUAAUGAAGAAAUUCUUUUGGAAUUUUUUUCAUGUCAUAUAGUUGAAAUGGAUUCUAUAAUCUUACAAAUCAUUGAAAAUUAUUUGCCAUCUGGAUUAAUUGAGAAAAAAAAUAAUUAUAUAUUAUAUAAUUCAGAACAACAAUUAUUUCAUCCUAUUAUAAGUAAAUGUAUGAAGGUUACUCAAUAUUUUCUGGAUAAUUUAAAUAGUAAUAGAGCUAAAAUUAUUGGACACCUUAUGCUAUGCACUUCAGACAUUAGAGAAUUAUUUGUUUAUUGGACUUUAAAUAAUCAGAAUUUUUUAGAACAAAUUGCUAUUUCUGAUAUAGUAAUCUUAGUUAAUUCAUUAUUGGAAAUUAUCUCAACAAUUCACACAAAUUCAUUGGAUUUUAAAUAUAUUGGAGUAACUUGGACAAAAUUAGCUAAAGAGAAUGAAAAGAAAUCUAUUCAUAAAAUAUCCGAAUUAUUUGCAUUAAAAUUUCUUCAAAAUAUUUCAAAGUCAAUAAUAAUGCAAGAGAAUCCAUCAAUUUAUGCUUUGAUAACUUGUGCAUUAUUAAAUCUAAGUCCUUCCAAACAAGUUCUUGAUAAUUUGGAAAAUAAUAUUAAAAAUAAUUUAUCUUCAGAUUUAUUUAAUUUGGAUUUUCUUUGUAUAGUUGAAUGUUAUUUUAUAAAUAAUAUUAAUUAUUACAAUGAAAAUGAAUUAAAAAAAUUCAUUUCAAAUUAUUUGCAUUAUGCAACAUUAUUUAUAGAAAAAGAUGAGUAUAAGAAAUAUAAUAUUAAAUUUAUUCAAACUAUUUUUGGAAAAAUUGAUAUAUUAAUAAAGCUUUGCGUACCUAAAUCUUCAAGUCUUGAUGCAAAUAUAAUUGGUGAAUUUAUUUUUGUACUUUUGGAAAAGAAAUUUGAAGAUCCAACAAUAUUAAAUUGUAUUAUUUCAUUAAUUAAAUUUGCAUAUAAUAAAAAGAACGUAUUUGGCCCUUCAUUGGAUAAAGUUAUAGAAGCUAUAAUAAAUAAUCCUCAAUUUAAUAUUUUGAUCAAUUCAUCAGAAUCAUCAACUGAAUCAACAGAAUCUUCAAUAUAUACUAUAAGACCUAUAAUAUGUUAUUUACUCAAUUUAAUAUAUCACAUAAACUCCAAAGAAUGUUGUAAAUUAUCAUAUUUGGUUUCACUUUUACCUAUUUAUAAUGCAACAACAUCAGUAUCAGAUCAAUUAUUAUUAGAUAUUUUUAUAUUAUAUGAAAAAACAACAAAAGUAUCAAUUAUAUCUUCUGCAAUUAAAUGGAAAACAAAUUUAUCAACAUUGAAUAACAAAUAUCAAUUUGAUAAAAAAAAUUUAAUUAUAGGACAAAGAAUUUUAGUGGAAACAUUAGAAUUAAUAGAUCCAAUGUUUAUGAUGAGAAGUUUUACACAUUUUCCAAUUGAUAAAGAAUUGGAAUUGGAAAUUGAUUACAAUUAUAUAGAAAAAUUAUUAUUUGAUAAUAAUUUUUCAAUAAUAAUUAUGGAGAAAAAAAUAUCUGUUUAUGAUUUAUCUUAUUUUUUACCAUUAUUUGCCAGUUUAUUAUCAUAUGGUAAUUUAUUGGAUUGUAGAAAGUUUAUUGAGAUUAAUGCUUUAGGAUUUAUCGUUGUUGCUACAUCAUCUUUAGUUAUUAAUGUGCGAAGAAUUGCAUAUUAUUUACUAGAUGAAUUUUAUGUUUUAUUAGAGACUACAAAUUUUCGAGAAAAAAAGCAAAUUUUAUUACUUUUGAAUUUAUUGAAAAAUUCAAUAACAAAUCGUGAUAAUGAUGAUAUACAAAGAAUUCCAACAAUAAUAACAAUAUUUAUAGCACAUUCUUUAUAUAUAUUCAUGAAUCCUGGACAUUUUAUGUAUCCUCUUAUUAACAGAUUUUUAUUACAAAGACCAUUUUUGGAUUUAAAAGAUAUACCAAUGUUUUAUAGUUUAUUUCAAUCUUCUACUAAUAAUUAUCAAAAAGAAAAAGUUUGGAUUUUAAGACUUUUAUCUGCUGGAUUAAAAACAUACGAUGAUUAUAAGAUAUUUAAUAGAAGACAUAUUUGGAAUAUAAUAUCUUGUUAUUAUACUUCCCCAUUAGCAGAUAAUAUAACCCGCAAGCUUAUUAUCGAGAUUUUAUUUCAAGCAGCUUCGAUUCCAAAAGUUAUUACAAAUAUGAUGAAAAAUCAAGGAUUAUUAACAUGGAUAUAUCAUAUAUGUAUUUCAUCAUUAUCCGAACAAUCAUUAUUUGGAUCAAGAAUUUUAUUGAGAGUUUUACUUGGAUGUAAAAAUUCUGCUUUACAAUGGUCAAAUUGUACUCUAAUUAAACAAUCUAUUUGUAUUUUAACUGGAUUAUUAAGAUCGUUAGAAGGAAUUAGAAAUGUUGAAGAAAAAACGUUAUUAUGGACGCUUAAUUACUUAAACUCAAUUCUUCGAAUAUUUCAUUAUUUAACAUUAAUAUCUCCUAUGCCAGGCAAUAUUUUAUCACAAUAUAACGCGUCGAUUCUGAUUUCUUUAGUAGAAAAAUGUGAAAUACACUUGAAUCCCAUGGACGUUAUAAAUAGUGCAUCUUUAUCAGAUCCAACAGAAAUACAACAUAAUUUUAAUCCUUCAUUAACGGAUAAUUUGGAUGAACUUUAUACAAUGGAUCAUGAUAUAGUCAAAAUGUAUAAAGAAAUAAUCAGGAUGAUGUUUGAGAUGAUAGUUAUAAGCUGUAAUACGUUUGAAGACGAUCUUGUAAAGAAAAUUAUAGGAAGGUCUUUAAGAUGUAGCGUUAGUAUUGAAGCAAGAAAAUGGAUUAUUGAGUGCUUGGCUGAUAAAAGGAAUUAUGGUACAGAAGAAAAAGAAAUGGAUAUUGAAGUUUAA